AUGAGGUUUUCCAUUUCUGCUCUUGUCCUGUUGAGUGUGGUUAGCAAUCUGCCUGGGGAUGUAUCUGCUUUCCAAUCUGUGCAGCUGUCUUCCAAGGCAUCCUCCUUUGUGGCUCCCUUAUACUUGUCAUCGACCCAGCCUGCCGUGACUACCUUGAGUGCCGCCACCUUGGACACCGAGACGGAAGCAGUGACGACCGAUACAGAAAAAGAAGAAGAUGACCCGUACGCCCUCCUCUUGCUGGAUGCCAUUACGGACAAUGGAGAGGCCGCCACUGUCUUGUUGGACCACAUCAAGAGUCUGGACGACAAGAAGGAUGCCUUUUUGGACAGUCUCUUGCAAAGUGGUCCCGAUGCCACACUCCCCUUUUGGACCACUUCUCGACGCAUGGCACGAACAUCCAAACGCGCACGGUGGGCAUCGCUGCGUCGGAUUCUCAACAUGGCCAGUCCAUCGCGACGCCAAGCGCUGGUGGCCGUGUUGGAAACGAUUGCGGACAUGCCUGUGCGUCCCAACAAGUUUGGAAUUCCGACUGUUGUAAGAUUGGAGAAAAAGGCCAUGCAGGGAGAUGACAGUUGGUUGUUGUCGGCGCCUGUGGUUCCCGAAAUGGACGUUGAAAGCAUGAUGAAUGAUGAGGCAUCCGUGCCACCUUCUGUGGUUGCAGUAGCAGAAGAAGAAGAAAAAGUUGUAGAAACGGAAGAAACAGCCGUAGCUGUUGUUGCAGUGGAGGAAACUGAACCCAAGAAAACCUGGAGAGACCGGAUUUCUGUGGUCAUUCCCAAGCCUAUCAUGCGCCGCCUCUCGGGGAGACAAGCUGCCGCACUUACUCCUACUGACACCAUCGACAGUAGUAGUGCUACCACUACGACUGACUUUGAAUUUGUAGCGGCUCCAAGGGAUCCAGCCACCGAUUCCAAAGCUGUCGUAGUGGAAAAGGAAGAAGAAGAAAAGGAAGAAAACUUGAUGCAACAAAUCAAGGACGCGGGAACAGCCGGUGUCGUUUCCUAUGCCCUCUGGGAGUUUGGCUUUUGGGCCAUCUCGGUGCCCAUUUGCAUUGUUGGCUAUCAACAAGUCACGGGACAUUGGCCUGACUUGACCAAUGCCGACGAUCAAGCCAAGUUGGGUGCCGAAGCCUUUGCCUUUGUCAAUUUUGCCAGGUUCGCCGUGCCAUUGAGGAUUGGACUGGCCCUGGGGACCACACCGUGGAUUCAAGAAAACAUUGUGGAUCGAUUCUUUAACAAUGACGACAAGGAAGAAACCAAGGAAUAAAGAGAAAAGUUAUUACUAGCUGGGCGAUUGGAGGAGUCCGCAUCCGAAGUCCAGCAAAAUAUGAAACGACAAUAGCCAACGGGGAACACAACAAGAUCACGGCUGAAGCACCAGGAAACCCAAGGCGAACCAACCGUCGACAACAAACAGCGUAGCCAGGAUACAAUACUGUUGUAGCGGUCAUUCGGGCGACAACGAAGAAGGAAGAAAGAAGCUGAGCGCAAUGAUGCAGCUACAAAUGAUUGGAGGAGUUUACAAGCAAAUGCCCUCGCUGGAUGAAGAUAUGUACGGUAUUUGUAUUUUGGUAGUAAAGAGUACGUGUAUAGCAGAUAUAUAUUAUU